UUCCUCUUUGUCCACAUUUCUCUGAAUAUUGUGACUGCUUGUUGCUUGCCUGCAGCCAUUUUCCCAUCAAUACACCUUCAGCUGUUUUUUUCUUCUUCGCAGAUGAACAGGCUUUGUUUGGUAUUUACACGACUGCAUCCAUGUCUGGUGAUGGUUUAUUCAGGAGGAGGAUAAAAAGUGUUUACUGCGGAUACAUCUGCUAAAUGUGGAGCUUGAAAUAAACGGAUACAUGGAGACACAACAAGAAUGCGCCUGUGACAAACUUGUGCGAGGGAAACCCCUAGAAGGGCCCCGGAGAAAAUGGCCUUUUGGAGGAGAAAAACUCACAUAGAGAAGGAACGCCACGUGAAAGCCAACGCGCGGGACUACAAUGAAAACUUCUCUUAUGCUGACAAUCACAUAAAAACCUCAAAGUACAACGUGCUCACCUUCCUGCCCAUCAACCUGUUCGAGCAGUUUCAGAGAGUGGCGAACGCUUACUUCCUUCUGCUGCUGAUACUGCAGUUAAUUCCAGGGAUUUCCUCUCUGUCGUGGUUCACAACCAUCGUGCCUUUGGUGUUGGUGCUGGUGAUCACGGCUGUGAAGGACGCCACUGAUGACUUUUUCAGAUAUAAAAGCGACCAGCAAGUCAACAACCGCCAGUCUCAGGUGCUCAUCAGUGGAAGUUUACAGAAUGAGAAAUGGAUGAAAAUUCGAGUGGGGGAUAUCAUCAAACUAGAGAAUAAUCAGUUUGUUGCUGCAGACAUCCUCCUCCUCAGCAGUAGUGAGCCAUAUGGACUGUGUUAUAUUGAGACUGCAGAGCUAGAUGGAGAGACCAAUCUGAAAGUUCGCCAGGCUUUGACCAUAACCUCAGACUUCGGAGAUAUUUCAAAACUGAUGGACUUUGAUGGAGAAGUCAUCUGCGAGCCACCAAACAACAAGCUGGAUAAAUUCACAGGAACGUUACACUUGAGAGACAGUAAACACCCUCUGGACAAUGAGAACCUGCUGCUGCGAGGCUGUGUACUCAGAAACACUGAGUGGUGCUUUGGGAUGGUUAUCUUUGCUGGUUUGCAAACCAAACUCAUGCAGAAUUGCGGAAGGACUACAUUUAAAAGGACAAGUAUUGAUAAGCUGAUGAACACUUUGGUUUUGUGGAUCUUUGCUUUCCUCAUCUGUAUGGGAGUUGUGUUGGCCAUUGGAAACACUCUCUGGGAGACCUGGACAGGCAGAAACUUUCAGGUGUUUUUGCCGUGGGAUGACUUUCAGAGCAGUGCUGUUUUCUCUGGCUUCCUCACCUUCUGGUCCUACAUCAUCAUCCUCAACACUGUCAUGCCCAUCUCACUGUAUGUCAGUGUGGAGGUACUGCGACUUGGUCAUAGUUACUUUAUCAACUGGGACCAGAGGAUGUACCACAGUCAGACAAACACCGCGGCAGAAGCUCGCACCACCACCCUGAACGAGGAGCUCGGCCAGGUGGAGUACGUCUUCUCCGACAAGACGGGCACCCUCACCCAGAACAUCAUGGUGUUCAAAAAGUGCUCCAUAAAUGGACAGACAUACGGUGAUGUAUAUGAUGAAUUUAAGCAGAAGGGGGAAAUUACAGAAAAAACAGACUGUGUGGACUUUUCCUUCAACCCUCUCUAUGACAGAGGGUUUAAGUUUUAUGAUGGCCGGCUGGUUGAAGCCAUUAAACUGGAGGAUCCGGUAGAGCAGGAUUUCUUCAGACUGCUGGCUUUGUGCCACACUGUCAUGCCAGAGGAGAAGAGUGAAGGACAUUUGGUGUACCAGGCCCAGUCCCCUGAUGAAGGAGCCCUGGUCACUGCGGCGCGAAACUUUGGGUUUGUCUUCCGGACCCGGACCCCCGAGACCAUCACACUGUGUGAGCUGGGAAGAGCUGUCACCUACCAGCUGCUGGCCAUACUGGACUUCAACAACGUGCGCAAGAGAAUGAGUGUCAUUGUGAGAAACCCACAGGGCCAGAUUACACUCUACUCCAAAGGAGCUGACACUAUCAUCUUUGAUCUUCUGGAUCCCUCAAAUGAAGAUCUCAUGUACACCACCUCAGAACAUCUCAAUGGAUUUGCUGGAGAAGGACUUCGCACACUGGCUCUGGCCUACAAAGAUCUUGAUGAAGAUUAUUUUGAAAUCUGGAUGAAGAAGUUAAUUUCCGCCAGCACUGUGAUUGAGAACCGCGAAGAUCAGCUGGCUGUUCUCUACGAGGAAAUUGAGCAGGGCUUGAAGCUUCUAGGAGCCACAGCUAUCGAGGACAAACUUCAGGACGGAGUCCCAGAAACCAUCGCCUCUCUAGUUCUGGCUGACAUCAAGAUCUGGGUCCUCACAGGAGACAAACUAGAGACGGCGAUGAACAUCGGCUACUCCUGCCACAUGCUGCGAGACGACAUGAAUGAGGUGUUUGUCAUCUCAGGCCACACACUGCUGGAGGUGCAGCAGCAACUCAGGAGUGCCAAAGAGCAGAUUCUUGGCCUGAGUCGAGUUAGCAGUGCAGGAGAUGUUGAGAAGGCAGAAAUGUUUGCAGAUGGCUCUGUGUAUGAAGAGACCAUCAUUGCAGAGUACGCCUUAGUCAUCAAUGGACACAGUUUGGCUCACGCCAUGGAGCCACAGCUGGAGCAUGUCUUGCUGGACUUGGCCUGUUUGUGUAAAACUGUCAUCUGCUGCCGGGUCACUCCCAUGCAGAAAGCCCAGGUGGUGGAGCUGGUGAAGAGGCACAAGAGGGCCGUCACCCUGGCUAUUGGAGAUGGAGCCAACGAUGUCAGCAUGAUCAAGACUGCUCACAUUGGUGUUGGCAUCAGCGGUCAGGAGGGAAUGCAGGCAGUUCUGGCUUCAGAUUACUCCUUUGCUCAGUUUCGGUACCUGCGGCGCCUCCUGCUGGUUCACGGGCGCUGGUCCUAUUUCCGCAUGUGUAAUUUCCUGUGGUACUUCUUCUACAAGAACUUUGCCUUCACACUGGUACACUUCUGGUACGGCUUCUUCUGUGGUUUCUCAGCUCAGACUGUGUAUGACCAGUGGUUCAUUACCCUCUUCAAUAUAGUCUACACAUCUUUACCAGUCCUGGCGAUGGGACUUUUCGAUCAGGAUGUCAGUGACCAGAAUAGCCUUCACUACCCGAGCCUCUACAAACCAGGCCAGCAAAACCUCUUCUUCAACAAACGCCAGUUCUUCCUGUGCACGCUGCAGGGGGUAAGCACAUCAUCCCUGCUCUUCUUCAUUCCCUACGCUGCCUUCUCUGUCAUGGUGAAAGAGGACGGCUCCUACAUUUCUGACCAACAUGUGUUUGCUGUUACCAUAGCAACAUCCUUGGUCAUUGUCGUGACUGUUCAGAUUGGACUCGACACACACUACUGGACAGUCGUCAAUCACUUCUUCGUAUGGGGGAGCCUGAUAGUCUACUUUUCCAUAUUGUUUGCCAUGCAAAGUGAUGGCAUGUUUGGCAUCUUUACAAGUAGUUUCCCAUUCGUAGGCACAGCUCGAAACUGUCUAUCAGAGAAGAGUGUGUGGUUGGUCAUUCUGCUCACCUCUGUGGUGUGUGUGGUGCCCGGCAUGGCAGUCAGCUUCCUGAGAGUAGAGCUCUUCCCAACUCUAACAGAUAAGGUUCGUCAUGUCCAACAGUUUAGAAAGAGGCAGGGUCCUCAGGAGCAGAGCCUGAGGAGAGUUCGCAGGACGAGCUCCCACCGCUCUGCGUAUGCCUUCUCCCACCAGCAGGGCUACGGAGAGCUCAUUACCUCAGGAAAAAACAUGAAGAUGAGCACACCGUCUUCUACUGGCUCGCCUGGAAGGACACCACAAAGCUCCACCUGGAUAGAAAACAUGUUGAAGAGAAAGAACACAGUCUCGUGCGUUUCUGAUGAAAGCACAGGAGCACCAGCAAAAACAGACUGAAAACUGAACAUUAGCUCUGACCUACAGAUACUGGUUAAACUUCAGGUCACCAAAUGCAUGGUUCACACAGACUAAGCACAAUGUAUGAGUGUCCUUCAUUUGGGUGAAUCUAUGCUCAAAUCUUCACAUGCCUACCUCGUUUUUUUUUACUUUAGUGUGAAUGUGGAUUAUAUUAAAUAUUAAAGGCCAGUCAAAUAAGAUUAUCUAGGGGAACAAUUUUGCCCCCCAAAAAGCCAUCUGAUUAAAAACUGAUAAUGGACAACUUUAAAACCUUUAUUAUGCAAGGAAUUUGGUUAAUGGGCAAACUCAGAUGAUAUAUUUUAAGACAUUAUGUAUGAGUUGCCAAAAAGAAAGACAUCCUUGUUCUGCCUUAACCGAGUGGUUGGUGGAUUUAUUCAAUUUUAUUUGAAUGAUUUAAUUUUCUGAUUGUCACAAACAUAAUACAUGGAACACAAGUUAAGAAAGCCCAAAGCACGGGUACUAAAAGUGUAUAAGACUCUUAUGUAAGUCAAUGCACUGAAAAACUCCCCUCAAACAGACUCCAUCAUGCUAAAAUGUGUUUCUUAAAUACUGACAUAAAACUGCUGAAGGUGAUGAUAUGAAAUUAUUUAUUGAUUUUAAUGGAUUUUACUGACUACAUAUCUUCCAAUAUAUGUGUGCGUUCUCCCCAUGCCUCGCCUUGAAUCCUUCCUAUUAAAGAUAAUCAAUCUUUUUUAUUUGAUAUUCAACAAUUAUUUGGCCUGCUUUCGUUCCAACAAAUGUGUUCAAAACUCAUCAACUAUUUUGUCUUAAAACAUUUAUCCUUCACUUUGAACAUUGUUCAGUUGCUGCACAACAUUUGAAUGAUCAAACUCCAAACUUUUUCAAUUUGGUUCUCAACAUAAGAUGAGGUGAAUACAGUGGAGAUUAGCUUGAAAAACUAUUUUAUCUAUAAAAAAUGUUUAGUGGACAUAUAUGACCAGAAAGUAAAAGAGGAAUCGGCCUGGACGUGGGACAAUGCGAUAAAAUCAUAGACAGAUGUUAAUGCAGAUGCUGCAGUUACAGUCAGUGCAGUACAGUGCGCCUACCUGACCACUGAGCCUCUAACAUCACUGCUACAAUGAAGUGAUAUUGAUAUGUGAUCAAAUCAGAACUUUUCUACCCUUAUUAUUUUCCAGUAGCUCUCACACCUUUAACAAAAUACAAUCUGAGAGUUAGUAGUUACUUAUUGUAUUGUGUUGUUAUAUAUAAAAUGUAAACAGAAAAUUCAAAUUAUGAAUGGAUUUCAUACAGCAGCACAAAUUUAACUUCAUUAUUAUUUUAUUUGUCAUCUCUUCUUCUCUAAGCUGAACAAUGAUACAUUACAUUGUAAAAAAUCAAUUACAAAAAUCCGAUUCCCUUUGAAACAAAUUAUUCACCAUUGUUGUCACUUUAAACAAGAGUAAAGUUUACAUAUUGGAUUAUUUCAUUAAACUUAAGAGCGAUCUGAAUAAGGUGAUUGAAGGAUUGCUGUAAAUACUGGAGGAUGUAUUUUACUCCUCAAUGAAAAUGGCGGCCCCCCCGCCCGGCUUUGACACAAACAAACUCUGUUUUUCCAUCCCUGCCCUGCGUGGAUCGGGGUGGUAGUAAGCCUCGCUCACUGCUUUUAGGAAAGACUCCACCUUCUCAUCGGGAACCAUGGAGACAGCACAGCCGCCCCAACCUGCUCCUGUCAGCCGGGAGCCCACUGACCCCGACUUCCUGCGAAGAGUAACAAGAAGAAGCUUUUUAGUCAGUUUAUCAAUAAAGACAAUAUUUCUGAACCCACUGCAUACAGUACACAGGGCUACAUUUACAGCUGACCAACCAGUACGAAAUAUACAAACAGAUAAGAAGUCCGUUUACUUUGCUUUGAGCUAAAUGCUAACACCAACAUGUUCAGAUGCUAUUGUAGGCAGGUAUUAUAUUUACCAUGGUCACCAAUUUACCAUGAUUUAUGUAUGUUUGAUGAACAUACUUCAUCAUGUUCUGUUACUAUAUAAUGGUUUAGUAUUUUGUGGAUUUGGUGCAUCAAAACAGUAAAAGUUAAGUUGGUAUGAAAAGUAUUGAAGUGGAAGCAAACCUGCAGAACACCAGGGCCCUGACACUGAAACCGCUAACAUUUUUAAUUCAGCCACACAACUUACAAAUGUGCCUAAAGUGUUUUUUUCUUAAUCGUAAUGUUAAUCAAAUCCCUAAAACUGCAAUGGUCAAUAUUUAAUUUGAUCCCAUACUGUCUGUCCUGAGAGUUAGUCUGUAUUAGUAGGCUGUACUCACAGACAGAUGUCCACCAGUUUAUCCAGUUCAGGGCAGCUGCACUCAUACAGGUCUCUGCAGCUCGCAUGGCUCUGGUUCAUCAGAUCUCCCAGUCGCUGGACGGAUUCAGCAGGUUCAGAGUCACACACACUCUUAAACUGCAGCACGCGCGCAGCUUCACCGUACACAUGCCGGGCUCGCUGGUGCAGCUUGAAGUGUGUCUCUGAGAGAGAGGAGAAAAGGUUGUCAGGUCAUUCAUCUGGUUGGUGUUAUUGGAGUUUCUGAACACAAGCUUUAAUAUCAGUAAAAUGUAAUGAUGCUUUUAGAGUAAUUUGUUUGUCUUUUGAGGAUAUUUAGGCACAAGAAUGUUAAUAACUUAAUAGAAUAAAACCUCAGAAUUGGUGGCUACUUAUCAGCAGAUAGUUGAAAAUGAGUGUAAAUUAAUCGUAUGUACCGUGGUCCGUGACACAUGGAUAUAGUACCGUGACGGUCUCAUACCGUUACACCUCGACUUGAAAAUAACUUGAAUUAUAGAUGCCAUUUAGUGUUACAUCACAAAACUGUAUUAAUAUUUUAAAUCGUUAUAUCCUAGAUCAAGGUUGAAGUUAUUAUUGCUACAAAUGCAAAAACAUUUGAAUAAUUGAAAAUGUAAC